AUGUCUUGCGGCGCCGCUGCGUCACCGCUGCGUUCGGUGUCUGCCGCAGAUAACAACGUCGCCGCAACGGCACCGCGCACGCAAAUCCGGUUCAGUAGUACAUUGUUGUAUAUCGACUCAUGCACACGUCCGAUUUUUCCACGCAAGAUGUCCGAAAUCGACGAUGUUGACAUUGAAUUGUUGAUCGGUGAAGUCAAAAGUCAUACAGAAAUUUGGAACAUCGCUGAUGAAAAUUAUCACGAUAGGACCAAAAAAAGAAGUGCUUGGAUAAGCAUCUGCCAGAAUUUUUUCCCAUCAUUUGAUGAAAAGGACGACAAAGAAAGAAAUGAUAUAUGUAAGUAUUUGCAAUAUUAUUAA